AUGAUAUUUGAAAUGAAUUCGAAGGCAACAAUCAAACCAAAGUGCUCCAAUGAUGGUCGCUCCGAGCAAAAUUCGGACCAUGACCGACCCAAACGCCCUCGGAAACCCGCAAAUAAUACCCACGCACUGCAAGUGGGAAUUAGGGAUUUCUUGAGUAUCCCAUCGUCACAAUCACUCCUCCGUGAACUUGCAAUUCCCACGGAAACGAUCACGAAAUCUCUCCCGAAGCGAUUCACGGUAUAUGAACCGCUUCUUCUACUUCCGGCAAAUGCAUUCAAUGCGCCUCCAGAAUGGGGGUCAUUCUGUGCCGCCCUAUCACCGGAGCAAAAAUCAUCAUUAUAUGACUCGAUAGCGAAAACUUUCCACCGCUUUGAUGUAACUCAUGUCGCAGUAAAUGCGCCUAUUGCCCUGUCAACGCAGGGCCAGGAGAAUCGGAUGCGGAGUCCUACUGGCCUGAUUCCACUGCAUGGCGAUUUUGGUAGCUUAUGCGCUCCCACAGGGGAGGAGAAUGGACAACCCAGCCAAGCAGACCUGGAGCGUGCAUUUUGGGUACAAACCGUGCAAAACCAUGGCAUUAAACAGUUCUGGGCCCCACUGCAUACAAUGUUUUCGCGAGGAAAUGUUAAAGAGAAGGCAAGGAUCCUAGGAGAGGGCCCAUCCCAAGGCACGUUUGUCGGCCUGGAUGAGCAAUCUCUCGAGGGCCGGAAGUCCUCUGAUAUUGCCGUGGUAGACAUGUAUGCCGGAAUCGGGUAUUUUGUCUUCUCAUAUCUCAAACGAGGUGUCAAGCGUGUGUGGGGCUGGGAGCUGAAUGGCUGGUCUGUUGAAGGUCUACGCCGAGGAUGCGAAGCAAAUCGAUGGGGUUGCCGAAUUGUUCGCGUUCUCGAGGAUGGCAAGCUGGACACAACCAUUGAACACCUCGUGGAUAGUCUUUCAGCCCAGGACCGUGUUGUAAUAUUUCACGGGGAUAACAGGUUUGCAGCCGAUAUCCUUGCCCAGAUUCAGCAAGUCAUGGAGGCACAGAAGAUAUGGAACCCUGUUCGUCAUGUCAACCUUGGUCUUCUGCCAUCAUCGCAACCAUCUUGGAAUAACGCCUGCAAAAUUCUUGAUUAUCAGCGAGGUGGUUGGAUCCAUGUCCAUGAGAACGUGGAUGUGAGAAGGACAGAACAGAUGAAAGAAGGAAUCAUAAAUCAGAUGACAGAACUACGAAAGUCAGUCUACAGCGAAUGUGGAAUCCCGGGGAGUCCUUUCGUCGACUGUUGCCACAUUGAGCAUGUCAAGACAUAUGCCCCUGGCGUCAUGCAUUGCGUUUUCGAUAUCCGAGUGUCACCUCCCCAAGGCGCUCACACAUAA